AAAAGGGUCACAGUCUGAGAUAACCAAGCGAAAGUGAGGACGAGAUUUCCCCUGUGGGAAUUCACAGCUGUAACGACCCGCGACAGCAACUUGAGAAAAAGCAUAUCAUGUUGGAAGCCAUAGUAGCAUCCCAAGAGCAUGAAGCUUUCCACGUAGCAGCAGCCAAUACAGAAAGAACGGAAAGAACGGAAGGCCUUGGCAUUUGGGUGAUCUCCCCCUAAAUAGCUGCAAAGUAAAAGAAAAAUAGAAAAGAAAAAUAGACAUAUUUGAGGGAUGGAGGGGCGAGCAGUAGAGAAAUAAUGAAGAAAAUGUUGUUGUGAAGAGGGGAUGGACAAGUCGUGGAGCUUCGCACCAAGAAAGAGUAACGUUGGGAGCGUUCUGGAGGAUGUGGAUGUUCCAGAUUGCGUUGGCGUGUUGCCCAAAUUGCUGGAUAAAUACGAGAGUGGGAGAAGCAAGUUUGGGGAGGAGGCAGAGGAUGACAAAUCCUUUCUGGAUGCACUCCAAGCCAUCUCCAAACUCUGUCUCUGUGAUACCAGUUUGAGUGCCUUGGACGCCCAAGAAAAAGCCAUGUCUUUCUUGGAGACGGAGCUGUGCCUUCUUCUCGACCAUCCCAAAUCCAAAACACCCAAGAAAUCAUUCUCCUUUGGUUCCCAUCCUUCGCAUGAUUCCCCCGUUCCCGAUAACGACUCCCCCAAGCUACCACCCCAGGAUCACCAUGAUCAUCAUGCGAACGAGGACUUCCCACCUAAUUUCUCCGCACAAAAGCGUUCCGUUCUUAAAAAGAUCGCCUCUGCCAUGAUCGCCGCCGGCUAUCAAACAGAGUGCUGCAUGGCUUUCGCCGCCUUCAGGCGAACUGCUUUCAAAACAGCCCUCCAAAGAUUCGGAUACCGGAGCGUCAGAAUGGAAGAUGUCUAUAAAAUGCAGUGGGAAUCGCUGGAAGGAGAAAUUGCCACGUGGAACAAAGUGGUUGGGCAUUCCACCACCGUCCUCUUUAGCGCCGAACGAAGGCUCUAUGACUCAGUCUUCCACGACCACCCCUCCAUAUCUCAGAACCUUUUCAGCGAUCUUGUUCGGGCUGUCAUCGUCCAUUUACUGAAUUUCGUACACGGCGCCGUUUUAACGAAGCAAUCAGCGGAGAAGCUGUUCAAAUUCCUGGAUAUGUACGAGACCCUGAGGGACGUGGAGCCUGCCAUUACUGGCGCUUCGUAUUCGGAGCAGUGUGCGAAGGAGUUGGCGUAUGAGGUGGCGACGGCGAAGGAUAGGGUAGCGGAGGCUGUGGUGGGCAUGUUCUGUGAUUUGGAGAAUUCCAUUAAGAGCGACAACCAAAGGAUUCCUGUCCCCAACGGCGCAGUUCACCCGUUGACUCGUUAUGUGAUGAAUUAUCUUGAAUAUGCAUGCGAAUACAAAGACACGUCGGAGCAGGUGUUUGAGCGAUGUGUGGGUGUUAAGGGGAUUGGGAUUGGAAUUGAAAGCCAUAAAUCCAUAGACGAGGAGGGCGAUGAUGGGACGGGCAAUAAAUCGGCUUUUGCGCUUCAAUUUAAGACAGUGAUGGAGCUCUUGGAUGCAAAUGUUGAGAGGAAGUCGAGGUUGUAUAAGGAUCCGGCUUUGCGCUAUGUUUUCCUAAUGAACAAUGGGAGAUACAUAGUGCAGAAAAUGAAAGGAUGCGCGGAGCUUCACAAAUUGAUGGGUGACAAUUGGUGCAGGAGAAGGCAAUCGAGGUUGAGGUUGUACCAUAAAUGUUAUCAGAGGGAGACUUGGAGUAAGGUGUUGCAGUGCCUUAACCCGGAGGGUCUAAAAGGGAAUGGGAACAAGGUUUCUAAACAGCUUCUCAAGGAGAGGUUUAAGAGCUUCAACUCCAUGUUUGAAGAUAUACACAAGAAGCAGCGUACGUGGAUGGUCAGUGACGAGCAACUUCAAUCCGAACUCAGGGUUUCCAUAACGGCUUUGGUCAUCCCUGCCUACCGUUCCUUCGUUGGAAGAUUCAAACACCAUCUUGAAUCACCUAGACAUGUUGACAAGUAUAUCAAGUAUCAUCCCGACGACAUUGAGAUUUUCAUUCACCAUUUUUUUGAUGGUAAUGCUCCCUCCAUCCCCCGAAAGAGGACGUGAUCCAUUUCUUCAUUUAGCUUUCCUUCUUCCGUUUCAUUUUUCACUCUCAAUCUGUAUAUAUCCUUUUUUUAUGUACAUAAUAAUGUUAAGCAAUCC